AUGUGGCUGCGCUCGCCGUGGGGAUGUUUUGCGUUGCCCCAGCCGCGCGGGGAGGGGCUUGCCGAUUCCCCCGCGUGUUUGUUUGGGUGUCUGCAGCGGCACCGGGGGGUAAAAUGCGGAGCCCCAACCGCUGCUGCCCUGCCGCGCGUUGCUGCGGAGCGAACUCGUGUGGCGCGGCGCACUGGCGGGUUGACGGUUGGGCCGACUGCGGGGACCGUGGAGGCUGCGGCAGCCCGUGCCCGGGCUCUGCUGAUUUGUUGUUGUUGUGGUGCUCGGCGGCGGAUGCAUGCGGGCCGCUCGGGGCACGUGUUUGUUUUGUUUUUUGCCCUGCGCAUUUGUUUGUUGCGGUGCUCGCCACGCGGCGGCGAUGCUGGCGCCCCGCACGAGGAGGAGCUCGCAGCCGCCGCCCCGCAGGAAAAGACGCGGGCCGCGGCAGGCCCCGCCGGUCAGACGCGCGGCUUCCCCGCGGGCACCGUCACCCGCACCUUCGCGUGGCUGACCGCACCCUCACGGCGCUGCUCAACCGUCGCUGUGGGCUUCUCGUGCGGGCGCCGGACUGUCGCCUCUACCGUCCCCCGCUUGCGUGUCCUGCGCUGCCCCCACUGCCGCGCCCGAACCCAUCGCCGCCGUCGUUGCUUUGCUUCUCUCCACACUUAUCUUCGCACACACGCACGCAACCGACGCGCACGCGAUGCGCCUGUGGUGCAGUGCAGGUGGAUGGCCUUUUCGCAGCCUGCGCUGGCAGUGCCGUGUGCGGCUGCUGCUGCGGUUUCCUCGCGGGCCGUGAAGAGAAGGGAAUGGAAUGGAAGGAAAACCGCACAGCACGUGGGGGAGUGCGCUGUGACUAACUCGUUUUCCUUGCGGGAGCCGCCUCAUUUGGGUGGUGGCGGCGGGCCCACUUCCCGUGUGCGUGUGCGUGUGGGGGCGGCUGCUCUUCGCUGCUCCGUCGUGGGUGGCUGCCGGCGCUGUGUGGUGAGUGCGGCGGUGGGGCCGCAGACGGCGGUGUGGGAGUGA